UGUAGAAUUCAAUAACUUGACAGUUGAAUUUGUUUUUUGAAAAAGUUAACGUUUUCUGUUGAAGUUCUGUUCAAUUUUACAAUUUUUAAAAUGCUUUUUAAGUAUUUUAAUUAGUACUAUUAACUAAGAAACCCAUCCAGUGACUUAAAUAGAGCAAAUAAAAAGAAUUUCAGCCGACUUCUAAAACUUAGGUAGUUUUUGAAAGUGGAAGAGAUAUUUAAAAUUUGAAAGAUGUCGGUGCCUAACCAACCCAACGGUAAAAAAAGUUCUAAUAGCUCCAUUGCUAAUACUCCAGCCAGUACGCCAGUUACAUCUUCUAAUGGAAAUGCUCAAGCUGUAAUACACAAUUCGCCACCACCUAACAACAAUGCUCCGAAGUAUGCUGCACAAAUGCUUGUUACAGGUACCCUGGUGCCUAACAGGAUAUUUGUUGGUGGCAUAUCUGCCAACACGACCGAAGGCGAACUUCUGCAGCUUUUCAGUAGCUAUGGUACCGUGAAAGCGGCCAAAAUCAUACAAGACAGGGCUGGCGUAUCUAAAGGAUACGGUUUCAUUACGUUUGAGAGCGAAGAUGACGCCCAACGGCCUUUGAGAGAGGCCGAUAAUAUAGUAUUGAGAGAACGUAAACUUAAUAUAGCACCAGCUGUCAAAAAACAAUUAUCAUUUCCGCAGCCCUUCAACUUUAAUAGAGCAUACGACGGUUCAAGUCCUACAACUGUAGCUGUUGGAAAUCCUCAAUAUUUCUUACCACCGACCAUGCCUUACUUCCAAGGCAGUGUAGGGUAUUACGCACCCCCUCCAAACGCUCCAGUUCCGGGGGAUCCCAACGCUCAACAACCUGUGUACCAACCACCUCCUGUUUACCCGGCUCAGACUGGUCCUCCUCAAGCGGCAAGCUAUCCUUCAAUGAUGUUUCCUGCCCAAACAAUUUAUAUGCCACAGCAGUACUCUAUGGCAAUGCCGUACGAAUACGGCUACUAUACAAACAAUGGAGCCCCAGCUCAAUAUAUGGUUGGGGCCCAGGGAGGUCCAGGACCACAGGGCCCCCCGCUGCCUCCGUCCGGUAGCCCCCCGCGCCCCCCUUGCUACAACCAGCAGGUCUCUUAUACCUCCGAACCAGUUUUCUAUAAUAUGCCCAUGUACAGCGGACCCAUUGACCAUCCACCGGUCUACACAGAACCCAUCGAAACUAGUGGCAACUAUACAGAGGAACCCUACAUGGGUCAAUGCGUACAACAAGACAUAGACGCAAGGUACAGCGCUCGAGGUACCCCUUGCGACAGUACAACCCCGGUCGGCGACCACCCCUUACAACAAAAUAACGUUCCUAGCUCGACGCCGGCGCGCUACACGCCCUACGCCGAUCAACAACCGCCACAACAACAGCAACAAUACGCGCAGCCGCCACCCCUCGCGAACGAUAACGAGGCGGUCGCGCGCCAGUCGAACACCCCGGUCGUAUCGCUGCUGGCCAUCGACCACAGUGCGGAGAAGGACUUCAACGCGAUGCAGGGCGGCAGGAGGAAGAAAGCGUUCCCCGUGCCCCCGUCGGCGCCGCCCCCGAACGCCCUCUUCGCCGCGCAGCUCAUGAACGGCAUGCCGUUCCCGCCGAUCAACUUCCCGCCGCCCCCGCUCAACUACCACCCUCCGCCGCCGUACGGGCCGCCGCCCCCGUUCGCGCCGUUCGUGCACGCGGCGCAGCCGUUCAACAACGGCUACGGCCCCCAUCCGCCGCACCAUCACCACCACCAGCAGCAGCAACAGCAGUCGGCCGUCAGACCGGCCGCGCAGACGAACGGCUACGCGAAGAGGCAGGGCCCCAGGAGGAACUACAACAAUCGCCAGAACAACUACUCGAACAGGUCGAGCCUGAGGACGGAUUCCAGCUCGUCGGCGGCGAGCUGCGUCGAGGACACCAAGCAGCAACACAGGACGAACGUGAACACGCCCCCUCCCGCCCCCUACUCGCCGCUGACCAAUCACGGUUUCACGUCGCGUUUCAACGGCGUCACGACUCCGCCCAUCGGCGGCGGUCAGUACAACGGUAACAUCAACCACGUGCGUCCGGCUAGGAACAACUAUUACAACAACAAUAAUAACGGCAGAACGUCGACGAAACCGAGAACGAACAAUUAUCCGACUCAAAGGACCAGUAAUAACGCGAGGGAAAACGUGAACGAAAUGACGAAUAACCAUAGGGGCGACGCGAAUCAGACGAACAAGAUUCAUGAUACGAAUGCACCGCAGGUACACGGCGGCAGCGGCGGCGCAUCCACCAACAACUACGCCCCCUUGCCGACCAGGAGGAACAGGAGGUCCCUGCGCAGGACCAACGUCGGGACCGGCACUGCGUUGAGCGAGAUCGGAGCCGGGGACGCCCCCCUGCCCCAGAAUCCCGACUCCGUGUCGGAGGCCUGCAAGAAACUGGACAGUCUGAAAUUGUAAAGGUAACCGAAGUAGUAGGGUAGAGAUGGCCGUUUUUGCGAUAAAAAAAAAUUCAAUUAUCUUUGAAUAAGACUGUAAAUUUUAUAAAUAAACAAAAAUAACUUGAUAUUACUUAAGGAAGGGAUAGUAAAUAUUUAUUGUAAAUUCAAAGUAUUAUUUUUUUUUGUAUAUUUUAAAUUAUUAUUUAAAAGGGUCAAGUUGUUCACCAUAGAACAUCACCUUGUAUAUAAUAAUAAUAAUGAUACAACAAAAACGAAAAAAAUCUGUAGUUGAUAUGCAAUAUUUAUUUAGAGUAUAAACGACAAUAUUAAUUGUACAUGUAAUACAAGUAUGAGAUGCCAUAUUGGACUAGUAGAAAUAAAAAUCGAUAAAUGCUGAAAGUUUUAACGGUAGAUUUUUUUGUAGGACGAGUCACGCUACUACUGUAUUAAAUUGUUAUUUAAUGUCUAAGGAAGCAGAAGUUGUUUUUUCUACUGAUAAAAAAGUAUCUCAAGUCCGUUUGUGCUCGUUUCAAAUUUGACACUCGAGGUGUCUCUUCGCUGGAAGCAAUCGACCGGUUGUCAAUUCUAUUUGGUGAUUUGAAAACAUUCGCUCACAACUUAUUUAUUGAUGAAGGAAGGGAUAAGAAAAACACCGUUCUGCCUUAUUUUCUCUUCUCAACUCGACGGUUAGGUUAGGUUUUGAUAGGAUGUCUUUUUUUCUUUGAUUCGGUUCGGAAAAUGUCCAAAACCAUUUCUGUGCAUAACAAAAAGUUCCUUGACUGAGAUUAUAAAUGUUUGAUCGCUUAGUGCGUCUGUCAGUGUAACCGAAUACUCGAUUUAACAUCACUUUUUUGGAACCGGGAUCGGUCUAAAAGAAUCACAAAACCUUUAACUGUGAUAACCACUCAACGUCAAUGAAUAUUCUUGUGAUAUAUCAUCAAUUCUUUUGAAUUUUUCCAGUCGAUUUUUAAUUUGAAUUGAAUUUUUUUUGUGUUGACCACCUCAAUUCCCUACGAUACAUGAUCUCGAAGCUGGGUAAAACCUUAAUUUAAUCUAGAAUCUAUGUGGGUCGUUGGUAUCGUGACAAUUUUAUUUUACUCUUCCGAAAAGUGCUACUAAAAUUCAUAUUAACGGAAAUGAUGGAAACUAACAUUGACAGAUGAACUUUUCUCUCGAACACUGGAGCCUCUUUUUGUUGUGUAUAUCGAACGACUUGGGAAAAACGCGAGAUUUUUGCUCAAAAUGGCUGCCAUCGUUGAUAGAUUGUUUUAUAUACAUGCACGAUUAAGAAAACUAUGUUCACUUCUACUUAACUCCGUUGAUAUCUCCGAUCUAGGAUGAGAAAUGUUUUUGAUUUUCCGAAAAUUGCAGUUUCAGACUAUUUUUUAGAGUACCAGAUUGUCGAGGGGUAAAUUUAGACUAAUAUCCGACUGAUGCGAAGAGAAGCAACCCGAGAAGUUUUCGCAAUCUGGUAUUUUGAACCGUUCUGUGUCAUUUUUAAAUUUUAGGCUGUGACAUUAAAGUUAUUUAUUGUUGAAUUUCGUAGAUUUUUUAAGGAAGAGAAUCUGUGUUUAUGUAGCUAUUUAUUCCAUACGUCUAUGGACAUUGCCAUACUGUACAUCUCUUUUAAUCAACCCCCGUUUCAUGUCUUGGAAUCUAACUCGGAAAAAUUCGACAUUCACACAUCACCCCCCCUGAGUUUUUUCAGAUUCUAAACAAAAGCAUUAAAAAAAAUUAACGAUUCCGACAAUUCCAAACGAAAUCUUCGUUUUGGAUCCAACAGUCCCCCUUGAUUGAAUCUUCGUCGUAAGACAUCACACUCGUAGCAGUGGGUUCCAAGGUUAUGAAGGCUGAAAACAAAAAAAAGUAGCGUUCUCAAAUUCCGGAAAUUUUUUUGGGCUCACUAGUUUAAUAAACGUGAAGAAAUGAAAGUUUCAAAUGGUCCUAAAAACGAUUGAGAGAAUUUUUCUCGAUGUCAGAAAAUUUUUAUUUCCCAAAGAAAUAUCUAUACUCUAGUAUAUAUAUAAAUAUUUAAUCCGAUUAGUUGUAAGUUAGGUUUAGAAUAUAGUAGCGCGUAAGUUUAACAUUAACUUAGGUAUUUCUUGUAUUUGAGAGAUGAUGCGGCCAAUUUUUCCGUUCACGAAGAAUGUUAUCAUCGUUCUACACAGGACUUGCUCAAAGUUUUUUUUUUUUUUUCGUUUUGUACGAUUGUGAUAAAAAUGCGAAGUUGGGGAAGUUUUCUCCGAGAAAAUUACCCCCUUUCGCAAGAUAAAUUUGCUAUUUCACUUAGCUAUGUAUAUAUGUUCUAUUCAUUAUCAUUUUUCCAUUUGGUAUUUCUUCGAACGAAAUUUAUUCAUGUUCACUUUAAUAAAACUGAUUUCCGAAACUUUUGGGACCUCCUUGUUCUCGAAGAAGAAGGAGAUGCCAUCAGUUUCCGCUGCAGUCAGUACAGUCUCAAAUUCUCUAUACUAAUUAUGUAAGAUGCGAUAUUUAAUUCACUUAAGCUUCAAUCGUUGCCGUUUGUCCACAUAUACCAUAUGAAUCAUGAAUGAAUUUGAAAUAGUACCUGCGAACAUUCUGUAAAUAUUUUGUUGUAAAUUACGAUAAAGUAUAUAAUUGUUAAAUGUUAAAACUGAAUGAUUUUAUAUUUUUUGUAACUUGUUAAGUUUUCAAACACUGUAUUUUCGUGUAAGAAGAGGCCAACUUUUGUGAGGUUGAAGCUGAAUUUUCAAUUAAUCAAGCGUAUACAUAUUUUAGAGGAAUAGCUGAAGGAUGUAUAUUUUGGAAAAUAUCUCAAGAGAUCAAGAAUGGGUUUAUACGAUAUUCAGACAAAAUCUUAAUUGAAAUUUCAAUCAACAGAAUGCAUUCCCUGACAAAAGGGGGAAAAGAAAAGUUAUAAAUAGAUAAGCUUAAUUUUUCAGUCGACAUUGUGUAUUAUCUUUUUUAAUUACACAGAAAAUCUUCAGUAUAACAUUUCAACGAUCCAGUUGAGGUAUUUUCACAGCGUUAACUUGUUUGCAGUAUGAAGAAAAAGAGCAAUAUAAUAUAUAAAAAAUAAAUAUGUCAAUUUCAGUUUGUAAAUAGAGGAGUAAAAUAGUUGAACAUGCUCUAAAAAAAAGGUUGUGCGUAAGAUUACUAUAACGUAGAUGAAAACCAGUAGUAUUUCGAUUUAAAUAGGGGGUCGCAAGAUCUUCAACCCCCUCGAAUUUGUUUUAACAGGAAGGCGAGCCAAGCCAAAGUUUUGUGAUAGCUAGAUUGAUACGAGAUGGGAUCUUGGCUUUCGAAACUUCGAAAAAAGUGUGUUCAUGGACUCGAAAUAGUGAUGUACGUAUUUGAUUUGUGAUUCAACUGCAAAAUGGUGAAGCUCAAUGUUUUGAACUGUGUGAAGACUGGUAAUUCGAAGAAGAUGUCGGGGGUUCAAAUGACAUGUCUCGUUUCGGCGAUUUGAGGUGAAGGCCCCUUUAUCAUCUUCGGAUUGUCACGUCUCUGAUUCUUGGCUAUUCUCGAUUUUUGUUUAUGUUCUGAUGUCAAUUUCAAGUAGGAUAUUUCACAAAUGUGAAGGAGGAAUACUGCAAUAUUUUAGCAAGUAUAAUAAUUAAGAGAACAGUGAGAAUAUUUAUUAUUAAAAUACUAUUAUUUAAGGAUAUCUAUGUACAAACUAUCUCGGAUAAUAAAAAAAAUAGUGAAAACGCAAA